AUGGCGGAUGCAGAGACGGGACAGUUGCUGACAUGGCCUAGGCCUGCGGCCACAUAUGAGUGCAGACAGCCUAGACACAGCCACCUAUGGCCUGUGCUGUGGCUGAUCCAGGCACAGAUGGCUCCUGCCACGGAUGCAGGGGAUAUGGUGACCCCAACUGUGGACCUGGUGCUGGGUGCCUCAGCCUGCUGCCUGGCCUGCGUGUUCACCAAUCCCUUGGAAGUGGUAAAGACUCGUCUGCAACUGCAGGGGGAACUGCAGGCCCCAGGCACUUACGCACGGCCCUACCGGGGCCUUGUGUCUUCUGCUGCAGCCAUUGCCCGGGCAGAUGGCCUGUGGGGCCUGCAGAAGGGGCUGGCCGCUGGCCUUCUCUACCAGGGCCUCAUGAAUGGUGUCCGCUUCUACUGCUAUAGCCUGGCAUGCCAGGCUGGCUUCACCCAGCAACCAGGGGGGACUAUGGUCGCAGGUGCUGUGGCCGGGGCACUGGGAGCCUUUGUGGGAAGUCCUGCUUACCUGGUCAAGACCCAGCUGCAGGCCCAGACAGUGGCUGCUAUGGCUGUGGGACAUCAGCACCAGCAUGAGAGUGUCCUGGGUGCCUUGGAGACCAUCUGGCGCCAGCAGGGCCUACUGGGGCUGUGGCGGGGUGUGGGCGGGGCUGUGCCCCGAGUCACAGUGGGCUCAGCUGCCCAGCUGGCCACCUUUGCAUCUGCUAAGGCUUGGGUACAGGAGCGACAGUGGUUUCUGGAGGACAGCUGGCUGGUGGCCCUGGCUGGAGGCAUGAUUAGCAGUAUAGCAGUGGCUGCAGUCAUGGCUCCCUUCGACGUGGUCAGCACUCGGCUAUACAACCAACCGGUGGACAGAGCUGGCAGGGGCCAGCUGUACAGGGGCCUCGCUGACUGCCUGGUGAAGAUCUGCCAACAGGAGGGGCCCCUAGCACUCUACAAGGGGCUAGGCCUUGCCUAUCUGCGCUUGGGCCCCCACACCAUCCUUAGCAUGUUCUUCUGGGAUGAGCUGCGGAAGCUGACUACAAGGGCCCAGCACCAGGGCACCUAGCCUUGUCCCUCAGCCCACCAUCAAGCCCGGCAUUUGGUGGAAGUGAUGGCCGGCUUCAGUAGAACUGGCUGCCCCAGCCAGCUUGAGUCAGGCCCAGAUCGGGAGAGUGAGUCAGGAUUGUGGACAACUGUGUUUGACCGGAGCCUCAGGACUAGUUCACCCAAGUCACCGCCCCUUCACCCCUUCCUCUCCCCUGGGUUACCAUGCUGUAGUAUAUUGUCAUGGUAGCACCUGCAUAAAAGGGUGCCCAUGGACAGAGCCACUCAGUGACACCGGCUCCUCCGUCCUCCAGCCACUGUGGGACCACACGAUCCUCUCUGAGCACAAGGAAACUGAGACACCACUCUGGCUGGAGCCACACGGCUUUGUGGUGACAGACACAGGACUGUGGUUGGAGUCUGCCCACCCCAAUACUCUGCUUUCAGCAAGGGAACUGUCAGGACGGUUGGGCCACAGAUCCCUCAGAAGCCACGGCAAGUGAGGAGACCCAUGGUUGAGCCCCAAGGGAGGCCUUGGGGUCCCCAGACUCUAGCUGGUCAAGGUCAGUUAAGGAACAAAGAUCCAAAACCUUGGCAGCUUGAAAAACAAAAACCUAUUUUCUUACUUUCAGAAGCCUGGAAGCCCAAGAAUGUAUUGGCAGUGUUAGCAUUUAUUUCUGUUAUCUAUACUGUGCUAAAACCAGGGUCUGGGCAUGUUAGUUACGAGAUUGACAUCUUUAGCCCAGGGCUUACUUCUCCAGAGGCCUCUGUCCCUGACUCUGAGCAGCUUCCUCCCAGUCAGGCUGGGGACAGAUCAGCCGGCAGCCUGCCUGCCCGGUGCUCAUGAAGCCCUGGGUUCCAUCCCCAGCACUGAAUAAACCGGGUCUGAUGGCACAUGCCUGUGAUCUCAGCGCUGCACACACAGGUAACGCCAGGAGAAUCAGGGGUUCAAGUUCAUUCUCAGAUGCAUGGUGAGUUUGAGGCCAGCCUGGGCUAUGUGAGACCCAGAGAGAGGAGAGAGAGAAAAAGGGGGGAGAGAGAGAGAGAGGGAAGAACAGAGAAGAGCAGAGUGGGGGAGAGAAAGAGGGAUAAAGAAAGGGAGAGGGACAGGGAAAUGCAGUUAUAUUGGACAGGGCCAGCACAGGGACUGCAUGUUGUCACCUCCUGAGGAACUGGGGUUAGGCCUUCAGCACGAAUCUGGGAGCAUUCCUGAGUUCAGACUUUUAUUGAGGGCUUUGCUUUUGUGUACAUCCAGAGGGUGCUCAGGAGGUGGGAGCUCAGAUAAGAGGGUGCCUGCCCACAAAAGUCACAGGGCAGUGUCACAGCAGGGCCAGCGACAGACUCUGGGUCCUUUCUCCGGACUGCAGCCAUACUCCAGGAGACUGUUGAGACAGGUGUAUUUGUAAGGUCCCCAAUAACCAACUCCUCCGGCCAGGCAGCUCCAACCACCUUCCCCAACCACAUCCCAAGUGCGGAAAAACCGCUCUAGACGGACACUCCAAUAAAGUUUUCUAUUUUGUGUA